GGUUCGUAGAAUCACUCUCAGUCCAGGAAAUUUUAAAAAAGACUCUCAUUUUCCAAUUUUAUCAUUAUAUUAUAUAUAGAUUUGUUACAAAAAAAUGGUUAUACUCGUUACAAAGGUCCAUGUUUUGGUUACACUUCUGUAUUUUGCCUAAACUAAACUACACAUUCAAUUUAAUAUUAAUGUUUGAAUCAAUACUAUUUGAGUUUUGAUUUCAGAACUAAUCUCAUUCUAUAAAAUAUAAAUAACUUAAAGAUAAAAUAUAAAUAUAGAAGCAUCAUCACCAAACAUAUUCCUAGAGUUUAAUCAAAGAAAUAACAAUAAAUAAAAUAUAGCCUAGUUGGUUAUAAUGCUCUUUUUCGUUUAAUUGACCCAGGUUCGAACUCCAAUGAUAACAUUUUUAAUGUAUAAAGAUAAAGUGGGUGCAAUGACAAAAAUGACCUUCCUAAAAUCACUCUCAGGCCACGAAAUUUGAAAUGGGAGAAUUUCAACCCAUGUUUUGCUUUUAUGUAUCUUGUAGAUAAAUUACUUAAAGAUAAAAUAUAAAUAUAGAAGCAUCAUCACCAAACAUAUUCCUAGAGUUUAAUCAAAGAAAUAACAAUAAAUAAAAUGUAGCCUAGUUGGUUAUAAUGCUCUUUUUCAUUUAAUUGACCCAUGUUCGAACUCCAAUGAUAACAUUUUUAAUAUAUAAAGAUAAAGUGGGUGCAAUGACAAAAAUGACCUUCCUAAAAUCACUCUCAGACCACAAAAUUUGAAAUGGGAGAAUUUCAACCCAUGUUUUGCUUUUAUGUAUCUUGUAGAUGAGUGGAUGGUGGGGUAAAUGCAAAGUUUGGUCACUGAAUUUUCUAAAACAUGUCAUGUUUAGUCACUGGAAAAAAUAAAUAUCAAUUUUAGUCACUCGAAUUCUUAAAACGGUCCACAUUUAGUCUCUCUCCGUUAACUUUAACUAAUGUAGCAGUCAACCCUAACAGUUGAUCGUUAAAUGUCUGACGUGGCAAUUAAAAAAUUAAUAAAAUUUAAAUUUUUAUUAUUUUCACAGCAUUAAAAUAAUAAAUUAACUUAAUAAAGAAAAAAAAUCCUUCGCUUUUCUUUCCACCACCGUUGUUGAAGGAGAUGUUUUCUCUGGUGCGAUGACCGACAGUGUCUCCGAGAAUAAUGCGGUCAAGGUCACCUAAAGAGGGAUUUAUAUUAAGUAAUUAUGUAGGUGUUCCCUAGUCACGAGGAGAGAGAGAGCUCCCCCUAUAAUUACCGGCUAGCUGCUACUGCAUAAUCUACACUCGACUGAAGAUCAAGAAUGCCAUUUAGGCAACUGAGCGGCGCCCUCCCCUGUUUCCUCUCUGUCGCGUGCUUUCCUCGUGCUCAGCUCCUCCUCCGGUGAGACCCUACUUCUCCGCCUUCUACUCAUUCAAUUUUCAUAGGGCUAUACUAUUAUUCCAAUGUUUGAUUUCUGAUUCAGCUUUUUUUCAUAAAUGCAUUCCUCCAGAGUUUUGUUGGCUCGGCGCACGGUGCUGCUGCAAGGGUCUUAGUCUCGGCUUUCAGUUGCGGCGAGGAGACAUAAGGCCGCAAAAUGGGCCGUCGACUAGCUCUCCACCGCCACCGAGUGGACCGCCAAAGCACGGACGGUGGUGGACCGUAUUGUUUACCUCUUCAAACACUGGCCGAAGCGCACCGCGACGAAGUGGUGAAGGAAGAUUCCUGGAAUUUUCCAGAUCCGGCGCUGCCGACGGGAACGGUGAUCAAGCCGUUGCAGCCCUCUUCACAGACCACCAAGAGCUCCGACGCCGUUGGGACAAACAGCUUCGUCGCGUCGGGCGGAGGACUCUGUCGGUGUCGUUGCCUCCACCAACGCGGUGGAGCUCACUACUACCCAGGCCUUUGAAGCCGCCAACAACGGUUUAGAGAUUUUGAAAGGUCAUUUUGAGGAUCUAUCGCCGGGUCAAGAGACCAUUUUUGCUCUCAUCGGUCACCGCACCGGAGAAAAGAUCUUCUUCAACAACGGUGGUGGAAAGAAAAUCGGAGGAAUUUUUUAUUUAUUUUAAUUUAUUAUUUUAAUGAUGUGGAAAUACUAAAAUAAUUAAAUUUAUUUUUUAUAAUUUUUUAAUUGCCACGUUAGACAUUUAACGAUAAACUAUUAGGGUUGACUGUCACAUCAGUUAAAGUUAACGGAGAGUGACUAAAUGUGUACCGUUUUAAGAAUUCGAGUGAUCAAAAUUGAUAUUAAUUUUUUCCACUGACUAAACAUGACACGUUUUGGAAAACUCAGUGACCAAACUUGGCAUUUAUCCAUGAAUGGUGAUAGGUGUUACUGAAGCGAUUCGAUAUGGUAUGUAGAUUCUAAACAUGAUCUCUUGAGAAUAUACAAAAUUGUCCCACCCCAAGAGAAGAUCGUUGGCAGAGCUACUACAACACUUUUUUCUUAAAACAACUUAUUGAAUUGGUUACCUCAAGAGAGGUAUCAAACCGAUCAUCAUUAGUAUGUACAAACAAUUAGCUAGCUCAACAUCCUAUAAGAGAGAUUAAGGGAGAAAGAGAAACGUUCUUUCUUCAUUUAUCUCCUCUUCAGGAUUCAUAGUUUCUCCCUCAUGCUAAGCCUUAAUCACCCAUAAAACAUAUACAGAGGAUUUACCAUGAAUCAAUGAUGAUUAAUACAUUGAUGUGAAUUGAUGAUUGUCGAUGAUGGUUACUGACUAGUGUGAGAUCAUUAGAUGGUGUUGGUGGAGGAGAAGGAAAAGAUGCACAAUUUUGCAAAAUUUGGGAAAAAUAAGUAAAGUUGAACUAAAGAUUUGAAUGUAAGAUUUUAAAGAUUUUAAGGAUUAAAAUCGGGAAUGGAGUAGGAUUUUAAGGUAUAUAGAUUUUAUAGUGAAAUCAGAAUCGUAAUAAGUUCAUAAAAUCGUAUGAUUUAAAUCGGGAUUUUGACUGCUUUGGUUGAGUGAUUAUUUUGUAACUGACCCUACUCUAUAAAAGGAGAAAUCAACUACUGUAACUGGAUGUCGAAUAGAACUGGAUUCCAAUUAUCCAAAAAAAAAAAAAAAGAGGAAAGAAUAGAAUCGAAUUCCAAUUCUUCCUCCACCCUUCCAUUUGUUCUUCUUUUCUUCUCCUCUAUAUCGAUCCUUACUUCCUUCUUCAAAGCUCUCAAUUCCUUCUCAAUUCAGCAAUUGUCAUCCUCAUUUGUCAAAAUUGAUUUCGUCAUCCACCGAGUCAUUACACAAAAUGCCCGCAGCAAGGAAGCCCUCAUCUUGUCCUCCUCUUCUCACCAGUCAGCUCCUCCGCAUGAUGGCAGGUUUAUUAUUAACGUGGGAGAUAAUGUGUUCGCCAUCUCACAGAAUUUGUUUAGUGUCAAAGAGAUGUAACUGCCAUGGACAUGUAACAAUUAAAAAGUAAUUUAAUGUCAAACCAAAAAAUUACGAACAUAACUUCAAUGCUAACGUGAAAUAUUUUAGUUACUUAAAGUCCUUUCCUUUUAUAUUUUCAAAAAAUAUUUAUUUAUUUAUUAUUAAGAGAUCAAAUGUGCAUCCACAAAGUUGCUUUCACGUCCUUCCUCACCAUCGUAAGAAAUCAAAGUCACCUUCGUCCUAGACAAAUUUCUUGACCAAGAUCCCCUCACCAGUCUCCUCAAGAUUCUUUUACCAUUUCACAACAGUGUCAUUAUCCGGAACUCGAUGGUCUUCGCUACAACAUGGUCGGCGGCGAAGUAGUGAUUAUUAAAAGCACAAAACAAAGUAGUGUUUCGCGAUCUUACGUGGAAGACAGUUUAACAGUAAGUCCACCGAAGUUUACGUGGCAAUGGAUAUAUUCUAAAACGAUUUUAAUAUAUAUUUACUAGCUUUGUACCCGCCAUUUAUAAUCUUUAAAAUUAUAUAAAGACUUUGACAUGAU